UUGUUUUCUAUAAAAGGCGAUAAAAGGCAAAGUUUGGAGAAAGUUUCAUCUAUAAUCAGACGCGUCUGAACAAUCUUUGGCUUGAGUUGUUUUUGCUACGAUUAUGAAGAUGAACUUAAAUGUUUCCUUUUCGUUAUUUCUUGCAGUUAUUUUAGUUAUUGGCGAUGCAAGAUGGGUUCCAGAUUCAGACAUUUGCUUGCUGCCGGGGAGAACAGGAUCUUGUCGUGCCGGAUUUCCACGUUAUUAUUACAACGCCGAGCAACAAAGAUGUCUCAUGUUUACUUAUGGAGGUUGUGGCGGCAACAGAAAUAAUUUCAGAAAUGUAGCAGAAUGUAAACGAGCUUGUGGUUGCACAAAAGUGUGUCCUUAUAUUUAUAAACCAGUGUGUGCAACCAACGGGGAAACAUAUUCCAACCAGUGUUCUUUGGAUAUUGCUACUUGUAAAACUAAUGGUCAAGUGUCAUUUGGUUACAAUGGAGAGUGUGAUUAAAUAGAAACGUUCCAGGCAAGUACGCAGGAAAACAACUCGGUGUGGAAUUAUCAAUUCACUCAUUUUAGAUGUUCUUUGUAAAUCGUUUUGAUGUUUUGAUUCGUGUAUUAAUUUAGCUUACUAAAAGGUCCAAUAAUACAAUAUACUGUUAUGCACAACAACUGUUAUACUAGUAUUAAGUAUUGCUACUGCUGCCAUUACUUCCACUAGCCCCAUAUACCACAAACUCUAAAACUGUCCCUGUCAUUAUAUCUUCCCACCGCCCUCCUAUCACGGCCAGGUUUCAUUUAAAAGGCUACACAAGUUCACGUAAACUACGUUUAGAAGGCUACACAAAUUCACUAUGAUUUAUUUGUUUAA